GUAAUCUGUGCAAAUAUGCCCCUGCUCUCCCUGAGCUGUGUGUGGAUGCAUCUGAACAUGCUCUGUGGCAGCGUUCCCUCUUCACACGGCGCUUUCAGUUUUUCAAAGAAUGGAGCUGCUACGUGGGGGCAUCCUUUCAGCGAUUUGAUCGACACUUUGAAAGGCGAAAAAUAUGGAGAUAAAAAAUAUUUUAGUCCUCAGAAGCUUAACGACCAACGAUAUGAUGCGCUGCCUCUGUCCAUCCGCGUCCUGCUGGAGGCCUCCAUCAGAAAGUGUGACGGCUUUUACGUGAAGAAGGAGGAUGUGUACAACAUCCUGGAUUGGCAGCAGCAGCAGCAGAGCUCCACAGAAAUCCCCUUCGCCCCGGCCCGGGUCCUGCUCCAGGACUUCACGGGCAUCCCUGCCAUGGUGGACCUGGCUGCCAUGAGAGACGCUGUGGCCAGCCAUGGAGGCGACCCCAAUGUGGUCAACCCUUCUUGCCCCACCGAUCUCGUCGUGGACCACUCGCUACAGAUCGACUUUAGUAAAUGUGCUAUUCAGAAUGCUCCUAACCCUGGAGGAGGAGAAGGCCACAGCACGCCCAUCAAAUCCCCCCCCGGCAGAGGAGCUCCGCUCCGCGGCUCCCAGUGUGGCAGACCGAGCCAGAGGGGCUGCAGGAAGGGAGCCUGCAGCGAUGCUCCCGCUACCUCAGGGAGACCCGGGGCCGCUGUCCAGAUCGAGAACACGCCUCUCCUCUGCCCCUUCCACUUACAGCCUGUCUCCGAACCAGAAACAGCCCUCAAGAACCAAGAAAUGGAACUGAUGAGAAACAAAGAGAGGCUUCAGUUUUUUAAGUGGUGCUCUAAAGCCUUUAAGAAUGUGAACGUGGUCCCCCCGGACACUGGUGCCAUACACCAGGUGAACCUGGAGUACCUGUCCCAGGUGGUGCAAGAGCGCGAUGGCUUCGUCUGCCCUGACAGUGUGGUAGGGACAGACUCCCACACCACCAUGAUCAACGGCCUGGGCAUCCUGGGCUGGGGAGUGGGAGGUAUCGAAUCUGAGGCGGUGAUGCUGGGCCAGCCGGUCUCUCUGACGCUGCCCCAGGUCGUGGGCUGCAAGCUGGUGGGCUCCAUCAGCACGCUGGCCACAUCCAUAGACAUCGUGCUGGGGAUCACCAAGCACCUCCGCCAGGCCGGGAUCGCCGGCAAGUUCGUGGAGUUCUUCGGACCGGGCGUUUCCCAGCUGUCAGUGCCAGACAGAACCACCAUCGCCAACAUGUGCCCCGAAUACAGCGCCACCGUCAGCUUCUUCCCUGUCGAUGAUGUCACACUGAAGCACUUUAAGCAAACAAACCUUAGUGAGGAGAAACUUGAAUUAUUGGAGGCGUACCUUAAGGCUGUGAAACUGUUUAGAACAUAUCAGGAUCCAUCAGAAGAUCCACAGUAUUCAGAGGUAAUAGAAAUCAACCUGGGCUCCAUCGUUCCCCACGUCAGUGGCCCCAAGAGGCCCCAGGACCGGGUGGCUGUCAGCAACAUGAAGACGGACUUCCUGUCCUGCCUGAACGAGAAGGUGGGCUUCAAAGGGUUCCAUGUUCCUGCGGAGAAGCAGGCGACGCUGAUGCCUUUCGUCCACGAGGGCCAGGAGUACAAGCUGGCGCAGGGCUCGGUCGUUAUCGCCGCCAUCAUCAGCUGCACAAACAACUGCAACCCCUCCGUCAUGCUGGCUGCAGGUUUACUGGCGAAGAAGGCGGUAGCGGCGGGCUUAGCGGUACGGCCUUAUAUCAGAACCAGCCUGGCUCCAGGGAGCGGCAUGGUGACGCAUUACCUCAGUGCCAGCGGCGUGCUGCCUUCCCUCGGCCAGCUUGGGUUCGAGGUGAUUGGUUACGGAUGUGCCACCUGUGUAGGGAACACCGCUCCCUUACCGGACUCUGUUGUUGAUGCCAUUAAACAGGGGGACUUGGUUGUGUGUGGAGUUCUGUCUGGAAACAGGCACUUUGAGGGGCGCUUGUGCAACUGUGUGCGUGCCAACUACCUGGCCUCCCCGCCCUUAGUGGUGGCCUACGCCAUCGCCGGCACCGUAGACAUCGACUUUGAGACGGAGCCUUUGGGUGUGAAUUCGGAUGGUAAGGAGGUGUACCUGCGGGAGGUGUGGCCCAGCAGAGAGGAGGUUCAGCACACAGAGCGCCACUGCGUCAUCGCCUCCAUGUUCAGAGGCCUCAAGCUCAAAAUGGAGAAAGGGAACAGGCUGUGGAACAACCUGGAAGCCCCCGAGUCAGAGCUGUUCCCCUGGGACCCCAAAUCCACGUACAUCCGGUGCCCUCCUUUCUUUAAUAAACUUACAAAAGAGCCACCUGCCUUGCAGUCCAUAGAUAAUGCCCACGCCUUGUUGUUCCUGGGAGACACGGUGACGACUGAUCACAUCUCCCCUGCUGGGAGUAUAGCCCGCGUUAGCCCUGCUGCCAAGUACCUCCUGAGCAAGCGCCUCACGCCGCGUGAGUUCAACUCCUAUGGAGCGCGGAGGGGAAACGACGCAGUGAUGACCCGCGGCACCUUCGCCAGCAUCAAGCUCCAGAACCGCUUUAUAAGCAAGACUGGGCCCAAGACCGUGCACAUCCCAUCAGGCCAGACCCUGGAUGUGUUCGAGGCAGCCGAUCGGUACCAGAAGGAGGGGAUCCCGCUGGUCAUCCUGGCAGGGCGGAAGUACGGCUCUGGAAGCUCCCGUGACUGGGCUGCUAAAGGACCUUACCUGCUGGGCGUGAGGGCUGUGAUUGCUGAGAGCUUUGAGAAGAUGCACAGGAACCACCUGGUGGGCAUGGGCAUCGCGCCCCUGCAGUUCCUGCCCGGGGAGAGUGCCGACUCACUGGAGCUCUGCGGGAAGGAGAAGUUCUCCGUCUCUUUUCCGGAAGAUCUGUCCCCACGACAAGAGCUCACCGUCAAGACCAGCUCGGGAAAGGCCUUCAGAGUGAUCGUCCUGUUUGAGAGCGAGAUGGACAUCGUGUUCUUUCGGCACGGCGGGAUUCUCCGUUUCGUCGCGCGAACGUUGACUUGGCAGUCUUGAGGCAUCUGCGAGGCCUCCCCCCCCUUCCCCAGCUUCAGACUGAGCUUGCUGCUGGAGCCCCAUCACACCCUCGGUCCUCACCAUGGCAACAAGAUCAGCCCAUGUGAUCAGCGAAGGUUUCCAGAAUGCUGCGGUGGCAGUCAGCUGUAACCAGUCAGUCGUGGUUGAGUAUGCUCUGGCACUUGUGUGUGCAUCAUCUACAGCCCCUAACGAUGGGAGAAUAUUUACACAAUGCAUUACCCCUAUGCACUAAUAGACUGCUAGGGGGAUCAGUUACAUGCAUCUAAAUUACUGGAGGCAUUUAUUCACAAUGGUACAGGGUUUCUGCUGUUAGAGGCUCAGCUUUGAGUUUGUUCUGCUAGUGAUCAGGUUGGCCAGCUAAUGUUAGUCCAUCUCUGACCUCUACUCCAAAUUCCUAGUAGAAUAUUCCUCAGGCUUCUAUAAGCUGUGCAGACUGUAUCCCAGAGUGCCAGGGUUUGGCUGACCUGAUUGCCGUGUGCUGAUUGCCACUGUAGCAUGCAGGCAACUGAUGGUAUUUAGGUGUCGGUGUCGCAGUUUGAUUUCACACACAAGGCUUCACGCCACAGUCCACGUGUCCUCCUCUUCAUCCUCAUCCUCACCCAGCUUCGCCAUACCUGCGCUGGAUUUCACCAUUUCUGUUCUGAUGGCUCAUUUCCACAGAUGCCUCUUUUCUUGCACUUAAAAAAAACAAAAAACAAAAAAAAAAACACCUUGUGUCCUUUUUACGGUAUGUUGGCUGAUGUUAAAAACAAUGUUAUGUUUUUAUGGCUGUGUCUGUAUAUCACAUGAUGACCUUAAUUUAAUUAUUUGUCAUGAGAGAUGUGCCGUUUCUUUUACCUAGCUGCUGAGAGUGAGCCGUAGGUGGCAUGCUGUCUCUCCCCCCCCCCCCCCACUACAGACAGUCCACAAGCUCACGUCUUUGUUACAAACCUAUGACAAACUGGGACGCGUGGUGCUUACUUGUUCACUCCAUGUCUGAAAAGCUCUCAAAUGCAUACUGAGUAGUUCUGUAAAAUAUAAUGUUAACACUAGCCACUCUUGUUUUACUUUUAGCAUUUAGCUGAAUGUGGUUUUUGUUUAAUAUGUUCACUGUCAGAAGUAAUCUGUGCUGUUUAGUGUGAUGUGAAAAAAGGCCACACAGUCAUGAUAGGUAUAUAAGGAACAAGGUGGUUAUUGUUAAUGUUGUAUUUCUUUAGGAAUACUACUAGUGUACUACUAUUCAAUGUUCUGUAGUGGUAAAACAAUUUAAGAUGUUAAUUUCCUUGGUGAACCAGUUUACAGAUGUCCUUGUUAAUGGGUUGUACAGUACAUCAAACAGCAGCUAUGUACAGGAACUGGGUUAAAAACUGAUUUUCACACACAAUACUGACUACACAACUGCAAUCCUAGAUCCUGUUACCUCAGGCGUUUUUCCAUUGUUUUUUUUCCCCCCCUCACCAUCCUCAUAUUUAACCGAGUUGAUUUAAGUCUAUGUCUCAUUGGACUGCCAAAGCAAGACCUGUCCAUAAUCAACAUUGUUAUGUUUUUUUAUUUUAUUAAAUGAAGUAACACUG